UUUACGUGCGCUUGAUUGUGUGUGUCCGUGUGCGUGCGUGUUUUUUUCCACUUUUCCAUUGUAUUUUGUGCUUGCAAUUUUAAGAGAACGCGAAAAGGUGGUUUCACAUAGGAAUUAAGUCGAAAAAACAAGACAACAGAUAUGUCGCUAUCGAGCCUGCUGCCCACGCCGACGAAUGCGGUCUGGGACCGCGAGGACGAGCGUCGUCUGGCCGCCCGCGGAGCACCGAAGAUCGGAGCCCUGGUCUCCGCCAAAAUUGCAGCUCCGCCGUACGGACAGCGCAAGGAUUGGGUUCCACGGACGGAGGCAGAUUUUGGCGACGGCGGUGCCUUCCCCGAGAUCCAUGUGGCGCAGUAUCCAUUGGGUUUGGGAGCGCCAGGAAAUGUGGGAAAGAAGUCGGAUGCCCUGGCCGUUCGCUUGGACGAUAAAGGAAAGGUCAAAUAUGAUGCCAUAGCGCGGCAGGGACAUGGAAAGGAUAAAAUUGUAUACUCAUCCAUCUCGCAACUGCUGCCGGCUGAGGUUUUAGCCGAAGACGCGGACGAACUGCAGCGACCGGACGAGGAAACAGUGCAGGAGACGACGGAAGAGACGCGACUAGCGCUGGAGAAGCUUACUAAUCAAAAGAUCACCUCGGCGCUGCCAGUGCGUCACGCCCAGAAGGCGGGUCCCGCCCAAUAUAUUCGGUACACGCCAUCACAGCAGGGCGAUGCCUUCAAUUCAGGUGCCAAGCAGCGGGUCAUCCGGAUGGUGGAGGCGCAACUAGAUCCGAUGGAGCCGCCCAAGUUCCGCAUCAACAAGAAGAUUCCACGUGGUCCUCCGUCUCCCCCGGCACCUGUCCUUCACUCGCCAUCGCGCAAAGUGACGGUAAAGGAGCAAAAAGAGUGGAAGAUCCCGCCCUGCAUAUCCAACUGGAAAAACGCCAAAGGUUACACCAUUCCCCUGGACAAGCGUCUGGCAGCCGAUGGACGUGGUCUGCAGCAGGUGCACAUUAACGAGAAGUUCGCUAAAAUGGCCGAGGCGCUGUAUAUAGCCGAUCGCAAGGCCCGAGAGGCGGUGGAGGCUCGAGCCCAGCUGGAGAAGAAGCUGGCCCAAAAGGAGAAGGAGAAGAAGGAGGAUAUGCUGCGAAUGAUGGCGCAGCGGGCGCGUGAAGAACGAGCGGGUCUUCGAAAUCCAGAGGCUGCCGAGCCAUCGGGACCAUCGGGAGCUGGUGGAGCCGAGGCGCGUGAACGCAACGAUUUGCGGGCAGAGCGGCAAAGGGAACGCCAGCGGGAUAGAAAUCUACAGCGAGCGGCUCCGGAAAAGCGGUCGAAGCUGCAACGGGAGAGGGAGCGCGACAUCUCCGAGCAGAUCGCUUUGGGUUUGCCCGCCAAAAGUGCUGGCAAUGGCGAAACCCUCUUCGAUCAGCGUCUUUUCAACACCACCAAGGGCAUGGAUUCGGGUUACGGGGAUGACGAGGCGUACAAUGUGUACGACAAACCCUGGCGCGAUUCCAACACACUGGGCGCCCAUAUCUACCGACCCAGCAAGCAAGCGGAUAGCGAUAACUACGGCGGGGAUCUCGAUGCCAUUGUAAAUACCAAGCGUUUUGUGCCGGACAAGCAAUUCUCUGGCGCUUCCAGGGACGCGGCCGCUGGUCAGAGGAGUGGACCCGUAGAGUUCGAGAAGGAGGAGGAUCCCUUCGGACUCGAUCAGUUCUUAAACAUGGCCAAAAAGGCGCCCAAGCGAGCCGAAGAGAAGAACAACGAGCGCAACAGUCAUUCGGAUCGCAAGCGCAGCAGACGUGACUAGAUAAAAGCUUUAGCGUGAGGAUCACCAAUCAUCUUCGCAUCAUCAUCAUCGCAAACACUAUCAUCAUCCACCAACCAAACAAACUUUUUUUAACUACUCCAAAAACUUGGCGACAAUUUCAAUAAUAAUCACAGGAUCUUGACAUAAUAAAAAUCGUCUAAUUGGU